AUGGCGUGGGAAAACAAGACUAAGCUCACUGACUUUGUCCUACUGGGCUUCUCCCAGACCUGGGAAGUUCAGCUCCUCUUAUUUUUCAUCUUCCUCUUCCUCUACAUGGCUACUGUCUUCAGCAACAUCCUCAUCCUCCUGGCAAUCUUUUGCGAGUCCAGGCUUUUUAAUUCACCAAUGUUUUUCCUGCUGGGCCAUUUGGCUUUCCUUGAUAUCUGUAUGGCCUCUGUCGCCACCCCCAGGGCACUUGUUGACUUCCUGACCCAGUGCCAAGUCAUCUCCUUCCAAGGAUGCAUGGCACAGUUCUUUUUCCUUCAUUUCUUUGGAGGCAGCGAAAUGCUUCUGCUGGUGCUUAUGGCCUAUGACCGGUAUGUAGCCAUCUGCCAUCCGCUUCACUAUGGCUCACGCAUGAGCAGGCGUCAUUGCAUAGUGUUUGUCCUCAUUGCCUGGUCUGGUGGGCUGCUCCAUACCAGUGUUCAACUGGGCUUCGUUAUUAACAUACCCUUCUGUGGGGCCAAUCAUGUGGACAACUUCUUCUGUGACAUCCCCUUUCUCAUCAGGUUGACCUGCAUUGAUAUGUACCCCCUGGAAGUCAUGAUGAUGACCAACAGUGGCAUCAUUUCACUGGUGGGCUUUGUUGCUUUGCUUUCUUCCUAUGGAAUCAUUCUCUCCACAAUCUGCUCUCGGAGCACUUCUGAAGGAACCGCCAAAGCCAUCUCCACGUGUACUUCUCACCUCAUUGUGGUCACCAUGUAUUUUGGGCCUUGUAUAUUUAUUUACCUGCAGCCAAAUACUCGUUUCAUUACUGAUAAAGUGCUCUCUGUCUUCUACACGGCAGUCACCCCCUUCAUGAACCCUGCUAUAUAUGCUCUGAGGAACAAGGAGAUGAAAGCUGCCAUGCGGAGGGUGCUGUUGACAAAACAUUCUGGAAUGGUUUCUGCUCAGAUUGCCACCAUUCAGCUAGGAGAGCUGGCAUGUCGGAAACAUUAG